AACUUUGGGCCCAGUGAACGAAAGGAAUUAUGUCCUCCCUACUCAAACACGGCAAAAAGGCUUUGAAGGGAUACCUGGAUAUUGACGACGAUAAGCACAAGAAGAAGGGAAAGAAUCGCCAAUACAAUGUCGUACUAUGGCGGUGGGGUGAACUACCCUCUAGGAAACCAGCCGUUUCCUCAAAGCCAGCAACAGGCGCCUCCGCCUCCAUACCAACAUCAUGGCCACGUCCAUCCGAUGCCACAGCCGCCACCAGUACCGCAACCCUACCAGUUGUACCAGCAGGAGAGCCAACAUUACGGGCGCUACGGGCAGUACUACACAAACAGUGUCUUCAACGUGAACGCAUGGGAGGCAUACCAGUAUCGACAACCCAGUGAUUUGGAAACUGUAUUUCGAAAAGAAAUGGAAAAGAAUCCUGAGAAUGCUUUGAGAGGUGCGAUCCAGGCGGAGGAUCUGAUGAACGUUCUCAACAAUACACCCAGCAUCCGGAACUUCUACAGACUGAACUGGAGCAGAGAAAUGUGUAGCAUCAUGAUUGCCAUGUUGGAUCGAUCUCAAGAUGGUUUUAUGCAGUGGGCAGAGUUCUUGGAACUACAGCAAUGCCUGGUUGCUUGGUACAAUGUUUUCUGCCAGCACGACUUUGACCGGUCAGGUUUCAUUGAUGCCGCAGAGCUGAUCAGAGUCAUCAAACAGCUCUUUGGUUACCAGAUUGAGCCACAAACGCUGGAGACCAUUCUGAAACGCUACUCAAGAGUCGUCCCCCCUGGAGGACGAUGUAUUAUCGCCUUCGACGAUUUUGUGGCUCUCUCCGUGCGCCUCCGAGCAUACACAGAUGCUUUCAGGAAAAGAGAUUGCAUGGCACAUGGUGGGGGCGAGACAGGAACCUGCUCAAUGGGAUACGAUGAUUUCCUGAGAUGUGUCUUGUGCCUGUGAUCUCAUCGUCAUCUCUCAGAUCUGAAAAACAGCAGAGCCGAUGUGAUUUU